CUCGAAACGGACGGAUGCUUGACGAGUGUCACACGAUGAAGCUUCGUGAAGUUGCUAUAAAUGAGAGGAGCUAUGGAUGUUUAAUCCUCGUUUAUCCUUCAUAAAAACCCUAAAGUUUCCAAGCUUUGCUCUCAAAAAAGAAAAAAAAACCAUGGCUUCGUACAGCGAACCUUACGUCUCGAAUGGGACAGGAGUCUUCUGGGACAUGGACCAAUGCAAGAUCCCUGCGGGACGCACUUCAUCUGAUCUCGUGCCGUUUCUUAGAGAGAUGAUGUUGAGUGUUGGUCUACGUGGUCCUACUUCGAUCCGGAUCUACGGUGAUUUGACCGGUCUUGACUUUCAAGCCUCGGCCUCGGAGGAUGUUAAGCUCAAUCAUUUUCACGCAGGAGAGAAACGUGCGAAGAUGACGAAGAUCUUGGAGGACAUAGUUUCGUGGUCAGCUGAGAACCCAGAACCAUCGUUGGGAAUAAUGUUCUUGGGACACUUGGAAGAGGCAGAUUAUGCUGACAUCACCGAGGUUACUGAACUUCUCGAGACUCAGAAAAACUAUCACUUUGUGAUUGUCACUGCACCCCCACCUCCUCCUCCAAUGGUGGUGUUUCUGAGGUCUAUUCCUCGUGGUGGACUCUAGUUCUUUUGGUUUAGUAAAAGUUUGAAUAAAAAAAGAACAGUUUCUUAGUUUUGUUAAUGUUGGAUAAUCGGUUGACAAAAAAAAAGAAGGUUAAUGUUGGAUAAUCAAAAUCCUUUUUUUGGAAACUUAAUUAUGUUAUGUCUCGGAAGAUGAUUAUCAAAUGUUUAAUUUACGAUUUCUUUUAUUUA